AACAGUCGAAGCACAUGACACUCCACGGCAUUCACGAGAGCACCGAAGAAACAACAAAUAUGGCAGAUUGAACGCCAGAUUUAAGCUCCAACGUCUCGCAUUCGUGGGGCCAUCAUCCACAAACUCUCUCAUUCCUCGGGUUAGAUAGAUCUGCAGGUAGAUUGUCUCAAUUUAAACAGCAUUCCAAGUGCACAGGUUGAUUUUAAGAGCGGGAGAUUUUGAUCGAUCCAAUGGAAGUUUUUGUUGGCAUUUGUGGUUUGGAGCUACACUUUGUCAAAGUGCGGCGGAUUGUUCUUUUAGAAUCCAAAUGCGCCGGCGAGAGUUUCCAAUUUUAGGAGAGAAGGGAAGCGGCAAAGAAGUAACCGAAGGCAAACUUGAGGGAUGCAGCCGCGCAGGCCGACGCCGACUGCCCUCUCGGCUUUCCGGUGGACUCUAAUGCGCGCCGUUGGAGCUGUCGCCGUCGCCGCCCUCGUGGUCGUGCACGUGGUCCUCCUUCCAUCCGCCACCACCGCCCCCGACGCCCAAGAGCUCCCCCAGGAACGUGAAAUUGGAUACCGGUGGAAAACCAGCGAGCUCAGAUGGAUGCAGGAGUUCGCUCCGCCCCAACUCCCCAAGCUCCCCAUUUCUGCACAGAAGGUGAUUCUUGAAAUGCCAGUGGUGGGCAGCUCGAAAGGAGAUUAUGAUCUUGCCAAGCUAUGGAAAUCAUCUUCAAACGGAAACUUUCUGCAAUGUGUAGCACCGAGCUCAUCGUAUCUGCCUCCUUUGCAUUCAAGAGGGUUCUUGCUAGUUCAUACGAAUGGUGGGUUAAACCAAAUGCGUGCCGGGAUAAGUGACAUGGUAGCGGUGGCACGAUUAAUUGACGCAACACUUGUUAUUCCUCGGCUUGAUAAGAGAUCAUUUUGGCAUGAUUCUAGCAAUUUCUCUAACGUGUUUGAUGAAGAACACUUUAUCCAUGCUUUGGCCAAUGAUGUCAAAGUUGUAAAGAAAAUACCGAAAGAGUUGACACCAACCGCGACUGCAGUAAUACACUUCCGAAGCUGGUCAGGAGUGGACUACUAUCAAAAUGAGAUAUUGCCUAUGUGGGAUAAUCAUCUGGUUAUAAAAGCUGCCAAGUCAGAUUCGCGUCUUGCGAACAAUAACCUUCCUGCUGACAUACAAAAACUUCGCUGCCGUGCUUUCUUUCAGGCUCUCAGAUUUGCUCCAAGAAUUGAAGCACUAGGAAAAUUAUUGGUGGAGAGGAUGAGAUCUUACGGGCCGUUUAUUGCUUUGCACCUUCGUUACGAGAAGGACAUGCUUGCUUUUAGUGGGUGCACAUAUGGCUUAUCACCUAUUGAAUCUGAUGAACUAGCAAGGAUUAGAGAAAAUGUUUCAUAUUGGAAGAUCAAAGAAAUUGUUGCCCAAGACCAAAGGGCUAAAGGGUAUUGUCCUCUGACUCCAAAGGAGGUUGCAAUUUUUAUUUCUUCUCUUGGAUAUCCACCAAGCACUCCAAUAUAUAUCGCAGCUGGGUCAAUAUACGGAGGCAGUUCUCAUUUGGCUGAUUUGGAAUCCCGAUUUCCUAUUUUGUUGAGCAAGGAGAAAUUGGCAUCAGCACAAGAGCUUGAAGCUUUUAAACAUUAUGCUUCACAAAUGGCAGCACUAGACUACAUUGUAUCACUGGAAAGUGAUGUUUUUAUCCCAUCAUAUUCUGGGAAUAUGGCGAGGGCAGUCGAAGGUCACCGCCGCUUUCUUGGCCAUCAGAAAACAAUUAAGCCAGACAGAAAAGCUCUUGUUCGUUUGUUUGAUAAGAUCAAUCGAGGAUCUCUGAGAGAAGGGAGGAAGCUAUCCAAUAUUAUUGGCGAGAUUCAUAAAAGAAGGCAAGGUUCUCCUCGCAAGCGAAAAGGGCCUGCUACCGGCACAAAAGGCAUGGAACGAUUCCGCACUGAAGAAGUAUUUUACGAGAACCCUCUACCUGACUGUCUGUGCCAGCAGCAACCCUGAGAAUUGGCCAUUUAACUUGUGCAUAGAUCGCUAAAUGGCACAAUCAGUUCAUACACCUGACUGCAUAGCAAAUUUGAUACGAUCCAGUUAAUGUCCUGACAACAAGACUCGAGAGGAGUGACUGGGGACUCACCUGUUGUAGUAGUACCAGAUGAAGUAGUCAUUCUUUAGAAUGAAUAACUGUACUUCAAUGCUGCUACUGAAGCUUACUAAAUCCUACCAAACAAUGUAUCAAGCAAACUGCAAGAAUUUUUCAAUAAACAAACUAACUACGAUGAUUAGUAUAA